UAUAUAAACAAACAUUUUCACAUUCAUUUGUUAAAGGGAAAACAAAUCAAUCAAAGGGCAUUUAGCCGGAGAGAAAUACGCGGAAAAAUAUAAUCUCUUUGCAACCAUGCAAUCAAUAUCUAUAUCUGCUUUUAUUUCUCCAUUUUUUUAUCUUUGAAUUUAAAUAGACUCCGAUCAAGAAAAAGAAAUAGACAGUACGAGCCAAUUUCGGCUCUGAAAUGUAUAUGAUAUCUUCGCUUCUUCUUCACAUGUUCAUUGCUGUCGUUCAAGAAAGGGAGUGGGAAAAGGAGAGAUAAAACAAAUUUCCUCAUCUGGGUGAGCUUCAAUGGCGACCAAGAUAAUGGAGCCUUUUAAAAACAAAAACAACCAAAUCGAAGUUGAGUUCGCUGAGUGCGAUUGUUGUGGGCUAACGGAGGAGUGUACGCCGGCAUACAUUGCUCGUGUACGUGAAAAAUUCGAAGGGCGAUGGCUUUGUGGGCUUUGUUCGGAGGCGGUGAAAGAUGAGAGGAUUAGGUCGUCGUCGCCGGAAGAUAUUACGAUCAACGAAGCGUUGGUUCGACACAUGGAGUUUUGUGAACAGUUUAAGUCGUCGAGUCCGCCGGAAAAUCCUACUGAAGAUUUGAUCGCUGCAAUGAGACAUCUGAUUUUAAGAAGUUUGGAUUCUCCGAGGAAGAACAACAACGGGUCGUCGUCGUUUGUCCGAUCCAAAACCUGUUUUUCCAGGUUUUCGGAUGGUGAACGUUAAGAAGGAGGUUUCAGGUUCUGUCUAUGUAAGUUGAAAUAAUAUUUGUGCUUUCAAUAAGUUUUAUGGCAAAUGUUCUUUUAAUAAAA